UUGUCCCUCCCGGCUUCCUUAGAAGAUUUGUUGUGGUUUGUUGUAUCCGGAAGAAGAUUUCAAGUUAGCUUGUUGGCUAAUACAACUUCUUGCGUAUAUGUUAUAAUAGGUUAAUCAGGUUGUCUGUAUGAAUCGCUUGUAACAAAAAGUAUGCGAUUGCACUCGUAAUUCGUAUCAGAAGCUGGUGCUUGCUUUCUGCUGGUGGUGUAUUUCCUCUGUAUGAUGUUGUAGUCAGCCAACCUCCUGUAGCUAAAUGAUAAGGUGCAGCAUGAAAACAGUGAUAAUGAGGCAGUGUGUUCUCCAUGGACCUCGUGGAUCAUGUCUCUGAUCCUGUUUGCCUUUUUGGUUCGUGUGAGGGAUGGACUCCCUCUGUCGGCCUCCACAGACUUUGAACACAACAGAGAGCUCCAGGAGAGGAAGCAGCAGCUCAGGACCAUCAGCAAGGCACUGGCCCGUUUCCCUGAUAGAGGGACCGUCAAGGGCCAAGAACUUAACAUAUACUUCGUCUCUUCGGAGGGUGUAUCCUACAUGACCGUGUGCCACUGCAGCCUCCCUGUUGCUAAGGCCUUCUGCUUCCUGGAAGAUCUGCGCUGGGAGUUCACAGCAUGCUUCAAUAGCACUGUUGUUGCCUUGGCAGCCAGGCCAUAUCCAUUUUUGGAAUUUGACAGCACCAUUCAGAAGCUGAAGCAGCAGUACAACCAGAGCGGCGGUCCGGCCCUGGAGGUGACUUUGGCAGAGGUCCAGGAGGAUUUGAGGAUCCAUCCACCGCAAGUAAUUACCUUGGAGGAAGUGGAGCUCACCAACGGCAUUGCGAAUGGGCACAUGGAGCAAGGUCCUGGAUCUGGUCAGAAUGUAAGACUCGAACCAGUGACAGCACCAGGCAUCCUCUCUCUGGUCCUAAAUAUCAUGUGUGCAUCUCUGAAUAUAAUCCGCGGUGUUCACCUCAUAGAGUACACAUUCCAGGAUGAUUAUGAAGGUAUUUGGAACGUUGUGGCAUUUCUUCUGGCGUUUGUCUGCUGUGUGCUUCAGUGCCACCUCUACCUGUUCCACUCAUCCCUGAAGAAGCCCAAGUCCUUCACUCUGCUGGGUGUGAUUGUUCUAUGCCACCUCUACCUGCUCGGCCUGAGGAACGUGUGGCAGCUGAUCUUCCACAUUUCAGUCGCCUCCCUCUCCACCCUCCUCAUCCUCACGCGCAAACUCCAAGACAGAAGCAAUGACUGUGGGGUCUGAGGAGCAGAAGAAGACUGUGUUGCACCUCUCACAGCUGUUUGUGCAGGUGAGAAUGGCAGGGAAGCAAAUGGCUCAAUCCACAUGACUUCUGAGGAUGCCCUGUGGAUUUUUGACACAAAACAUAUUCAAGAUUUUUGGUGUCAUCAUGGAAAAUUAUAUUACAAGCUAGUAGUUUCUUGUAUACAGUAUGUACUUGCACUUUGUGUACAUUUGGUUGAAGACAAAGAGUGAAAUGCAGUUCUUUGCAAAACUGGAAGUGUCUGCAAACAGAUACUAACACAAGCGUCAAGGAGACAUCUUUUUUUAGAGGAAAAUGUUUGUGCCAUUUGUCCCAAAACAUUUUUUAAGAAAAUUGAGGUUUUUUUUAGUCAGAGGUGCUGACCAAAGUUUUUCAUGUAGAAACAAUAAUAUUGAAGCUGGUCAUGCGUGCUCACAUUCAUCUCAGUAUUAUUUCUGCUGCCACAGGAUGAUAAUUAUCUUUACAUCACCAGUUUGUAAUGCUAAGAGACAGCUGGUGAUCAGACAUUAAAUUAAAGUAGUAGAUAAUGCUUAUAUUUUUUCCCAUUAUUUGCCCAUUUGGCUGCAGUAAAAACCUUAAGGUCAAAAUGUAAAGCUGUGGGUUGUUUCAUGCCUUACUGUGUGACAAUGCAGUUUUUGUUUAAUUGUGUUGACUUCUGUACAGACACACCGGAAAGUGCUCAGCUAGUUAUUGCAAAGGUUCAGAUGUAAGGGCUCUGUUAUUUAAUGAUAACUACAUUCAAUACUGAGGGACUAUUAGUCUUGUAGUGAUGUACAACAUGAUGUUAAGGCAUAUUAUUUUAUGAUUGUCAACACAGUUUGUGAUAAUGGGAGACUUUCACCACAUCAGCUCCAUUUAAAACAUUUUUAUACAAUCAAAACAAAUUUUCGUUUGUCUUUAUCUUUUUCUACUGAUCUCUGCGUCGUCUAAAUGUAAACUGUGGGUAAGAAUAUGAGAGCACUGAUUUUAAAUUUGUUGGAUAAAUGUUUGACUGCACUAAUAGGCUUAGGAUUUUUUGUGUUGGCUAUGGAAAUUGUCCUUGAAUGUGUUGCAUAUCCAGUUCAACUAUUUAUAUCCUGACUUAUGUUUACUUGGUUAUUUUUUUUUGUAUUGCUUCAGGGUUUAUAAGGGUCUAUGUUUGAAUAGAAAAGUAGUGCUACUAAGUAUAAGUCUCCAGUUUCUAAACAUUUUUUGUGUAUUUAGCUUCUUAGACAUUCAUUUACUUAAUAGCUAAACAGUUGCACUAAUGACUGUUAAAAAGACAGUUCAUGUCAAUUAAAAAAAAAAACUUUUUAAACCUGAUUACUCAAGAUAAUCCACAGAUCUUGUUGUGAGCAGUUUCAUUAAGGAACUAUUUUAUUUCUACUGAACUACAACAACAACUGCAACUACUGCAAGUGCCGUCUAGAGCCCCUAUACUGGAGAGUAGGCAGGUAUCUCUAUGGCUGAUAUCUCAAACACGGCAACUUACACCAAAACAAUCUAGAUUUAUAAUUAACACCACGAGUUAAAACGGAAAAUAUGUUGUUUUUUUAUUUCGGGGUGAAUUGUCCCUUUAAGCUAGGGAAGUAAAUUAUUAGUUUAGGUCAAGUAGCAUUGUGGCAUUGUGUCUUUUUUAGACUAUUUAAUCAAGAAAGUUGGAGGGUAUUUGAAUGAAAAACAAAUAGUUCAUCUCAUCCGACAAUCCAAACGUCCUUCACAAUAAUGUACAAAUAGUUUUGGAUAAAAAGUCACUUUUUUUAGCUUUUAGGUUACAAAGGGUGGGGUAAUUACGGGAAGUAUAAAAUGUAGUGUGACUGCAGAUAAAGUUGAUCAUCUUAUUAGUCAAUUUUCAAUUUGUUCUGAAGUUUGUUGUACUUUUUUUUGGUAUUUUGGUAAAUUACAGACAGGCUCAGUGACUUUUGAUGCUAUGAGAGGAUUGAACUCUUGAACUUAAAUGAGGUUUUCUUCAACAGGAUCAAUUUAGAUUACUGCAAAUAAGUGAAACUCAAUCGUAUUUUCUGUGCACGACAUUGGUGAAGCUGUAAUAUUUUUGAUACAAAUGAGGUUUUAAUGACCCACCAUUUCCACUGUAGCCUGCAAGUUGUCGACCAAAUGAAUUGUAAUAUAACAAUGUUCUAAAAGAUGUAGAACCAAAUAAUGUGGGGGAUAUUUUAACACUUGAAAUGGAAAUGAAGGAUAAUUUUGUUGAUUAUGAAGGUUUCUAACAUACAGUAGAAAUAUACUGUACAAUUGAAGCAUGUGGCAACCUACUCUUAAUAUUUCUUUUAUCAACAUCUUAAGUCUUAAGUCUGAGUACAGUAAACUGAAUAUCAUUCAGGUUCAGAUCUGAUGUAUGUUUAAUAGGACAUUCAAUACAAAAUGCAGUGAGAAUGAAGUUAUAUGUUAUUACACUUACAUGAGGUUGAUUCAGUGGUUUUUUGUGGCUGCAACCUGUUUGUAACAAUGGAGCAUAAUGGAACAAUGUCAUUCAUUGUAACUGCCAAAUACGCUGGUGAUUACAGGGCUUUAUUUUUUCCUGCUGUGGUAAAACUGACAUUUCAUUAAUAAAUAGUGUCUUUUUUUCCA